UUCUUCUUCUCAAGUGCCGAUUCUCUUUGUUCAUUUUGAAGGAUUUGAUUCUGGUUCAACAUAAUCAAAGUAGUAAUCAUCAAAACUAAAGAUGGAGAAACUUCCAAGCGGUAUCAUGGCAGACAUAUUUUCAAGAAUUCCGCAUGAGUCGAUCUUUGACUGCAAGUUGGUAUCAAAAUCAUGGAAUUCUAUCAUAAAUCAUGGUCUACGUACUGUUACCCCAAGUUUGGAUACUUCAAAGGUGAGUUUCAUAUCCUUAAACAUGUUAGAAAACAACACUUUUGAAAUGCUAUACUUAGAAUAUGAUGAAAAUGAGAAACAGUUAUCAAAAAUCAAAAUUUCAAAGUUAAAUCAUCCACCUAUUCAGAGUGUACACUAUACGAGAAAAUGUAUGGUGAAGGACCAUUUAAGAAGACAAAGUCUGUGAUUAUUGGUUCAUCCAAUGGUUUGAUUUGUUUGGCUGUUCCUAAAGAUGGUUUGUAUGGGGCUGUUGAUGAUCCUCUUUACAUUUGCAAUCCCAUCACUCGAGAGUAUAUUUAUCUACCAAUACCAACUAUCAAUGAAAACUGUGCCACAGUUAGGAAUGUGUUUGGGUUUGGGUAUAAUGAUAAACCUAAAGAGUAUAAGGUUGUUAGGAUUUAUUAUGAAUCCGAAGAUGUUAAAGAAAGGGGAUUGCUGCAAGUUUAUACUCUUGGGGGUCGUACUGGUUGGAGAAACAAAGGAAAAAUGAUUUAUUCGUUGCAAUCAAACAAUUCUUAUUCACCUGGUACGAAUGUGGAUGGGGCUAUUUACUGGUUGCACCAAGAGGAGCCAAAACUUGGAGUCUGCCAUCCUAAUUCAACUGAAGGUAGAAUUGUUGCUUUCGAUUUGUCUGAUGAGGUGUAUCGAGUGAUUUGCAGGCCACCUUAUUUCACAACCCUAUGCUGUGGCAGAAUAAUUACGGGUUUUUUGUAUCAUAAAACUCGGGUUUUAGGAGGCAGUAUAUGUGAGGUUCAUGAAUUCAGAAAUGAAUUUGGAUAUUACAGUUUAAACAUAUGGUCAUAUGUAAAGGAGUUUGAUGGUUGGACUUUGGGGAGCAGAGUGCCAUUGAAAGAGCCAUUUCAAGACAGCCUUAAUGUUGAAUUUUUCGAUCUCACAAAGAUAAGUGAAAUUCUCUGCUGGGACCAUAAAAAACUUCCUUUAAGCUAUAAUUUUUGGAAGACUGAAACUGUUAAACAUCUGGUUGACGGUCCUGCUGGUCUCGAAGUCUUUGAAACUAUUCGUCAUAAGAACAGCUUUGUUUCACUUAAAGCGCUAGGAGAACAAGGUGUUCAGAUGUUCGACCGGAUCAACUGAAUGACCAUUCAAUAAGCUAAAACUCUUUUACUUGUCUGAUAUCAUGUAGUUAGGAAACUAUAAGCUAUAAAAGUAACGUCGCGUAAUUGUAGCACUUGGGAAUUUAAGAUGCAUUACACAGGUGAGCAGCGAGUCUACAUCAUACUUAAUACUACCAUGUCUUAAUUUGUUUGUCUUCUUUGUUUGUCUUAUUACACAGGAGUCAUGAUGCAUUUCACAGGCUAUAUCAUAGUUCAAGGCAAUCUAAACAUAGUUCAGCACAGAAAUGUGAAUAGUUCCAUGUAUUGAGAGUGACAAAGAUACUAUAGCUUUUAUGGUUUGGAACUUUGGAAAAGAUACUUUAGCUUUUAUGGUUUGGAACUUUGGAAGACUAUUACUGUAGACCCCUGACAACUGAUGGAAGUUCUGUGCCUAAAAUGCAUGUGAUCCCAACUUUAUUCAUUUGGACACCAUCUUCAGUGCAUUGGUGGUGGCUCAUGGUGGUUGUGGUGGUCAUGUCGUUUUGCAAACUCAUCACCAUUCUGCAGCAGUUUCAAGUGUUCAAGGUUUACCCCCAAUUAAUCAUCACCUUGCUUUCAAACCUAAUAACUUAUUUGUUAGAUUUUUGUUCAAGCAUGAUUACAUGGUCAUCUCUCUUGGGUUUGGAACAAGUUGAUAUCAUAUCUGUGUCACUGUGUAUUCUAUGCCUCCUUGCAUA